AUGCUUUCGUCAAAAAAAUAUAAAGAAUAUGACCAAAACUUUUAAGGAUAUUUCAAAGGAAACUAUGAUGAAGACAGUGAUGAUUAGUCUAAAAAAAAACCAACCUUGAUUAUGAACGUUUAAGGUAAUUCUAAAAAUUUAUUGAGAGAUACUAGAUAUAAUGUUGUAAAAUUGGUUGGCGAAAAAAUAUUUAAAUGGAAAUUAUAAUAUGAGAUUGAUGAAAAUUAAUGGGACAUCUUUUGGACAGAUGCUUCUGUGUAAUCGGAAACUUUGGGAAAAAUGCAACCUCAUCAAAAAAUAAAUCAUUUUCCAGGCAUGUUCUCGCUUUCUAGAAAAAAUCAUUUGGGAAAGAAUCUCAUGAAAAUGAAGAAACAAUUUCCUUAUGAGUAUAAAUUUUUUCCAAAAACAUGGUUACUGCCAACAGAUUAUGGAGAGUUCAGAAAUUAGUUUGUAAAAGGAAAAGCCAAAACCUUUAUCAUUAAACCAGAAGCGAGUUGUCAAGGCAGAGGGAUUUUUCUAACUAAAGACAUUGAUGACAUUGAUCCAAAUGAUCAUUAUGUAGCUUAACGAUACUUGGAUAAACCUUUCUUAAUAGAAGGAUUAAAGUUUGAUUUAAGAGUAUAUGUACUAUUAGCUGGGACAGACCCUAUGAGAAUUUAUGUGUAUCAAGAUGGUUUGGUGAGAUUUGCUACUGAACCAUAUGUGGCACCUUCAUUUAAUAAUAUUGAUGAUGUUUGUAUGCACUUGACUAAUUAUGCUAUAAAUAAAGGAAAUCCAAAUUUUAUAUUUAACAAUGAUGCAUCUAAAAUGGAUGUUGGACAUAAAAGAUCAAUUAAGUCAGUUUUUGGUAAAUUAGAAGAGGAAGGAUAUAACAUUUAAAAGUUAUGGUAAGACAUAUAUAAAUUAAUUAUUAAAACCUUUUGUUCAGUUCAACCUAUCUUAAAUCAUCACUAUAAAUCCUGCCAACCAGAUAAUUAUGCUAAUAACAUGUGCUUUGAAAUAUUAGGUUUUGAUAUUUUUGUAAAUCAAAAGUUCUAGCCUUAUUUAUUGGAAGUUAAUCACACUCCAAGUUUUACUACUGACACACCUUUGGAUUUACUAAUAAAAAAGAAUCUCAUUAGGGACACCUUAAUAUUGAUGAAUGUAAAUCUAAAAGCAAAAGAAUAAAUCAUUAUAUCAAGAAAAGAAUAAUUAAAAUAAAGAGUUUUAACUAAGAAAUAAUAGAAGAUUACUCCUGGAGAAAGAUAAGCAUUAAUUUAAAAAUUCUAAAAAUUUAGGGAUGAGUAUGAAGAUAACAAUCUAGGAGAUUUCGUUAAAAUAUAUCCAUUGUCCGAUUCUGGAGAAUAUACUCGAUUUAUAGAAUUUGCAGCUUUAAUGUAGGACUAUUGGACAGGAGCAAAAGUAAGUAGAAAUCUAAAAGUGGAUGUUAAUAACGCUAAUAAAAAUACUGUUCAUUCAGGCAAUAAUUUUCGGAAACAAUAGAGAAAUUUAUAAAUGAAACAACAGUUCCUUAGGAUUAAUUAACCUGGGUUUUUAAAUGAAGAACCAGAGACUUAAAAUUAGUAAAAAUAAGCAAAUACUUAAAAUUAAUUUAAAAAAUAGGUAUAGUGA